AUGUCGGUUUGCAUGUUUGAGGAGCCUAUGCAAUUCGGCAAUUUCAUCCUUAAAGGAUGCGACUUGAGCAGUCAAUGUGGCACACUCUUGGUUCCUCGCAAGCAGAUGCAAUCCUACAUUUGCUACCGAAGCAGCACAGUGAGCAUUGGAAAAAUUGGUCUCUUUCACUGUAGUCUUGUUAGACCUCCUUUGUCACAUCUCGGGAUCGACUCUGUCAUAGCCUGA